AUGGUAAAACAACAUCUAAGUGCAUUUUUUGGGCAUCGUCGUCUUUACUUUGUAUGUGGAAAGGUGUACAAGGACUUGUCGUACGCAAACAAAAUAGUGCAUUGGUUUGUUCAGCACAGAUUGCCUGUCAUGCCUGUGACACCAACUGGAGGCGAAGUAGAUCUUACCACGGACACUACCACGCAAAACCGAUCGAGUUUAAACAAGCUACCUAUUUACAAAUCCAUUGGGGAGGGCCUGGCCAAAUUUCCAGCAAAAGAUGCGAUCGAUGGCAUCAGUGUAUGCUUUGUAACUCCUCCACAAAUCACGAUGUCCAUCUUGCAACAGCUGGAGACAGACAAGGUUUCAGUGCAAAGUGUUUGGUUUCAGCCAGGCUCUUGGGACCUUAAGUGCGUCAAAAGGGCAGAGCAAGGCUUGAAGAUCGAAAGUUCGAAAAUAAUCAACGACUGCAUUUUGGUAAAUGGAGCAGCCAAUGCCAGUACAACCGAUCUUCCUUUUGAGGCUUGA